AAUCAAUCUGCUAUUUACGAGGGUGUUACAGCACGGUCCGUCUCUGUCCUGGGCGCUAUAGGAUAGUAAAGGUUAAUCAGUUAGGAGAGAAAUUCGAUCAGGGGCGGGCAGUUAGAAUUUGAUCCAUAGACAGGUAACUUAAGCAAUCCCUAUUGUCACAGCAAUCAGACCUAUAUAAAUCCGCCGUGACGGAUAGCAGUCACCACAGCCUUACCUCUCUGCUGGAUCACCGACCUGGGCGAGAAUUCCUUAACACGGACUAAAAUGUCGUUCUCAUCUGUCCUGUCUGCUGAUGCCAUCGACAGUGCUAUCAAGGACUGCCAAGCUCCAGACUCCUUCUGCCCAAAGAAGUUUUUCCAGGUGUGUGGCCUCACCAAGAAGAGCCCUCAGGAUGUGAAGAAGAUUUUUGGGCUCCUGGACAAUGAUGGUGAUGGUUUUAUUGAAGAGAAUGAGCUCAAGGCUUUCCUACAGAAGUUCUCUCCUGGGGCCCGUAUCCUGACAGACAAGGAGAUCAAGGCCUUCCUGAAUGCUGCUGAUGAUGACAACGAUGGUCGAGUUGGAGCAGAUGAGUUCCAGGCUAUGGUCUUGUCCUAAACAGCUGGAGUUCUCCUACUAGGUCUGCCCCCCACCUCCUCCCACCAUUUUAUCCGACUGCUUCAAGGGCUACUUAGUCAGUCACUAUUCAUCUAGUUAGAGAAAACCCUCAGAUUUGUUUAAUUUUGCAAGAUUUACUCUGGUCCACUGAAAUAUGCUUAUCAUGUUUUUGUUUUUUUGUUUUUCCUUUUGUGUCAGACCAACCAUAAAGCUGCAUUGCCCAAAUAAAUGUACACUUAACUAAAGUAAUGAUUAAAUAAAAGAAUGAAAUCCCAA